GAGACCACGUCAGACGGCUCUGUGAAUGUUAAACCUAUCCCGCCCGUUCCCAUAUCUGCUCACCUUUCUCGGUCGUUCUCCCCAGUCGCUCGCCGCCAAGAACCCUAGCUUGUCGAUCCGCCUCCAAAUUCGUCCAUCAGGUACUUUCGCCGUCCCGCCAUUCGUCGUCCCCUCCCUUUCCUUUCGUCGCGGGGAAUGGACGAGGGAGGCCACACUGUCUCGAUGUUUCCUGGAUCGGCGCGUGGUCUCGGUGUCCUCUCUCUGGGUUUCUCGUGUUCUCGUCUUGGGCCAUCCUAAAGGUCACAGGUCUUGGAUAGAGGGCAAGUGGAGAUAGGCUUUUUGCCGUCACUUAAAAUUCGCCGGAGCGCUUUAGUAGUAGUGCUCCUACUGAUGUUGCUCGCCACCUCUUAUCGCGCAAUUCUCCAUAUGCAAUCAUUUUGUGGUUUCGUUUCUUGAGAUGGAAAUAUGUCUGGUUUUCUAGGGCCUCAAAAUAAGAUGUCAGGAAAUGAAAUUGCACUCAACAAAACUCAGCAGGCCAAAAGUUCCUAUGUGUGGAUCCAAACAAAUGAUGGGUUGAUACAACAAGUUGAAGGGGAAUUUGUAACAGUUUGUCCUUUGAUUCAUCGAGAGAUGCUUCGGACUGGGUUGGGUUCCUGUAAGAAUAAUCCCAUCCCUCUACCAGAGCAAGUCAGUCCAGCCAUAUUGAGUUCGAUACUUCAUUACUGCCGAUUUCAUCAAGUUCCAGGUCAUUCAGAUAAGGAACGGAAAUCCUUUGAUGAAAAAUUUAUGAAAACUGAUACUGAUCGAUUAGUGGAGUUGAUAUCAGCAGCUCACAGUCUUGAGUUAAGCCCUUUGGUGGAUCUUAUUAGUCGAGCAAUUGCUCGUAUAAUAGAAGGAAGUAGUAAUGACGAGAUACGUGAAAUUUUUCGUGUUCCUGAUGAUCUCACUGAGGAGGAGAAAUUGGAGCCACUGAGAAAUCCAACAAAUAAUCUUUACAUCCGGUUAUUAAAUCAACAUCUUGCUAGAAAAAGGAAAAACAUGAAGGAACAAAAGGAAUUAAAGAAUGUGGAACUUGAAAAGAAACAGGAGGAUAAGCGUACAGUUGAGGAGCUUCUGGAACUUAUUAAUGGGAAAGAUGAAGCAGAUUUGAAAUGUGUAAGAGCAUCUAAAUGUAAAAGGAAGAGUAAAAAAAGAAAGAAUAAAGCACAGAGUUCUUCCGUAAAUUAUCUAAAUUGUCCAGAUGUAAAGGAAGUUGGUGUUGUUCUUCCUCCUAUGAGAACUUCAGAUGAUGGUGCUGAAGAUUUUUCCUGUACAGAAACUGAGUUUGAUGAUGAUUUGGAUCAAGAAAAGAUGAGAGAAAAUGACAGGAUAGUUGCAGAGUUUGCUAGGAGAUUACGUUUAAUCGACUAUCGUUAGCACAUGAAAGACAAGUAGUUUCAGACUUGGGUAUUCAGAGAUCUGGACCAAUUUGAUUUGAGGCAGAACCGGGAUUGUAGAAGCAGCUCUUCUCCAAAAGAGGUUGGAGAAUGCAGUGAGAAUGUGCAUUGCAUGCAACACUUUGGCAGUGGUGGUGGUUGAAGGUGAACAGACGCUCUUUAAAAGAGCUAAGCUUGGCGUUAUAAUGCCUGUAAGUUGCUCGACUAUUUACCGAAAUGAGCAAAUCAUUAUAGCCGACAACAUGUGGACUUGUAGAAUUGUAAUACAAACCCGCAUCUCGGGAUGUUUAAUUUCCAUCGUUGAAUGUUCGAGCGUGA